AAAUUUCAGUCUGGUGGCUGAGGUGCCUGUGACCUGAUUUGGGGAUGGUCUAAAACUUUACUGCACGAAGCUGCGCAGGAGAGUAGAAAGCACAUGCAGCCUGCAGAGCUUUUUGCAAACACCACAAGCUUGAUGAAGAGCUUUUGGAUUGCUGGUCUGUCGCUGAGAAGAGUUUCAGCAUGUACCCUGAGCACGGAAACCUGACCUGGAUACUGAGCCUCCUGCUUCUGUCUGGUGUUCUCAGCAAUGAGUGGAAAGUGGAAUAUCAACCAAGUGUCUGUGCAGUGAAAGGCUCAUCUGUCGUCAUUCCAUGUUUAUUUUACUAUCCCAAAAAAGAGAAAGUAAAAGAGGUCAAGUGGAGUCAUGAGAGCAAAGAUAGUUACGAUGGGCCUUUCAUCUUUGAUAGUGCUUCAAAGAAUCAAUCCUCAAGAUUUCAGUACAUUGGGGGCAAACGUUUGGGGGGAAAAAAUUGUUCUUUAAAAAUAAACCCAGUAGAGCACAAUAUUGCUGGUAAAUAUAUAUUCAGGUUCAUAACCAAAUCCCCAACUGGCAAAUGGACCGGCACAGAGGGCUCGACAUUAAAGAUUGUUGAUCUGAAAACGUCGGUGACAAACACGAGCGGACACGGAGCGACAAAGGAAGGUGACUCUGUGAAUGUGACCUGUAGAAAUAGCUGUGAUGGCGGUGACGUCUCAUCUGCUUUCAUCUGGCUUAAGAACGGAGUGUCCAUCCAUAAAGGACCUUCACUUUACUGGAGAGACAUUUCCCCCUCAAACUCUGGAAAUUACACUUGUUCCCUCAAAGCUCACAGGGGGACGACAUCAGGGGUCGUACAUAUUAACGUUGAAUACGGCCCUAAGAACACAUCGGUGUCAGUCCGACCAUCGACGGAGGUGGAUGUAGGCAGCAACGUUAUUCUCACCUGCAGCAGCCGUGCAAACCCCCCGGUGGAGAAUUACUCUUGGUUUAAAGUUGAUGAGGAUGAUGAUAUAAUUGUUGAAAACAAGUCUGAGCUGCACUUUAGGGAAUUUUCUCUUGCCGCUGGUGGCCGGUACUUAUGCAGCGCCACCAACAAACACGGAAGUCAAAACUCUACAAUGGUGACUUUAAAAGUUAAAGCACAUUUUCCAUAUAUAAGUAUUAUUGCCAGUGCUGCUGCUGCCCUUCUGAUCGUUGCUGCCGUUGUGAUCGCUGUCAGAAGAUUCAAUGAAAAAAGGGCAAGGGAACCAGAGGCUGAUCAUGUGGGGGACCAGCAGAACACAGUCUACCUCAACUGGCCCAUACCUGACAACAGCAAUGAGGGAAAUCCAUGCGAGGGAGAACAAAUAGAAACGGUCUACACAACCAUUGACUUCAACACCAAGAGGAAGUCAAACAUGCAGCAACAGAUGGACUCUCAUAGCAAUGAUGAAGGUGCGAUCUACAGCAUGUUGCAGUUUCCAGGGAGCUACUCUUGAACCCUUCAUACGCUGACAAUGCCUGUGACAGGAAGAGGCAACCGUGUGGGAAAAUAUAAUUUUCUUUUAUAAAAACGGGGAAAGAAAUUGCCCAUCAACAACAGAUUCUUGAGAGAUGGAGAAAUGUCACCAACAUAAGAGUCAGGUGGAUGUUACGUAAAGGUUGUAGCAGAAGAAUCCAAAGAGGAAAUUCACAGCAUCCGUCUCUUUAAUAUUGACACAUAUUCACAUGAUGUCCGUUCUCAGCUCGGCCUCUGCCAAAGAUAUGUUCAUUUUAAUAAAGAUGUUUUUAUUUCUGUCCCUCGUCGAACGUCAGUUGAUGCACCGACUGGUUGUUAAGGGGGUUUUUUUUGCGCAAAGAUGCUCUUGUUUCACGCUUUGUGGCAUAAUACAAAUUAAUUACGUUUACUUUGUGAAGUGAUGUGACACAACUUUUCUCACAACUCUCAUCAAGGUACCGUGGUCUGUCUUUAUAUAUAAAACACUGUGUGAUCCCACUGUAAUUCUCACAUCUGCCUGCUUGUUGUCCAGGGCCUCUGUCAGAUGGAUGUGAAUGAAAUGAUACACAUGUGCUGUUAACCUGCAAACAUGCAUCAUUAAUAACCAUGUAAGGCUCCUGUCUUUUGGUAGAGGCCCUUGUAGCAGCCUGUUGCAUCUUGUACAUUGCAUUUGAGACAAUAAAUAACUCU